UGCAGAUCUGAGACAGAGGAACACAUAAAAACGCCUUAUGAAGAUGGGCUGAUGCGAUGGGCUCCUGAAAAUAUCUCCAGGUUCCGCUGCCUUGUUUACAUCAGCGUCAUCCCGAAGUGGGACGUUGCGGCUGUUCAAACAGAAAUGUGCACUGACCUUUCAAACACCUACACUGACCCCAGCAAUCUGCUGCGGCUCCUAGCUGACACCAGCUCCAUCUACACCACCCCUGUUGAACGUUUUUCCAUGGCGACAAUCAGCCCUCAGGUUGUCAUGACAACGUCCUCUCCUGUCACAACCCCCAGCUUUAAAGCCAUCAUGACAUCCUCUGCUCUCACCCAAUUAACAACUCUGGCAACAUCGACCAUCAGCACAACUUCUGGUACCGAAGAAACCUCAACCAACACCGUCACCAGAACCCCUGCAAACGUCUCUGAACUUUACUUUGAAGUCCAAGUGAACGUCUCCAUAACGGGAGACUGUGACCCACAGCAGGUCAUUCCCUACUGGCUUAACAUGAGUCUGCCUGAUGACUUAAUGAUGGUGCUGGAUCUGCAGCUGCUCCCCAAAACUGAAAGGCAACAUCCUGAAAGGAAACGUGACUCAAACCAAGUGUUGACAGAUGAAGUCUCGAGAGAGAGCUUCGUUUUCCAGGUCCAAGUGUUGACGCACUCAGACCAACAGGAAAUUGAAAACCAAAUACGAAACUGUCUCCAGAGUCCCUAUGACAAUGGCUUGUUCUCCAUAACAGCAGACCACAUAAAGAUAUGUCUCAUAUCGGUUAUUCAGUGUGCCGCAGAAGUCCAGCAGACCCUAAAAGGCCUGUUCAUGUGGCCUGACACUGCAGGAGGACAAAAUGCUACAUAUUCAUGCCCCAAAGACCCUCAGUACUCUGCAACCCGACUUUGUAAACUGUCCCAGUGGACUCACUGGAUGGAGCCAAACCUUGAAAACUGCCCCCCAGUGGUGGAAACUAUCCCUGAUCUGGAUCAUGUUGAAGUCACUCCUGAAAAUGCAUUUGACGUGUUGAAUAUGAUUAAGGACUUAAUGAGAAACCAGUCCAGUCUCAUCUACAAAGAGCUGGUCACAGUCCUCAACAAGCUGAAGGACAUCGUCAGCGUCAGCGUUGUCACACCAGAUCUUGGCCAAGCUCUGAUCAACGCCAUUUCCAACGUACUGGAGUCAGACAGCAACCUGGGGCCGUUUACAAACACCAUUCUGAACCUCACAGAGGACGUGGGAGACAAAAUGGUGGGUUACCAGGGCUCCUACACGCUUGGUGCUCGAGCUGUGGCUAUCUCAGUGGUGGACGUGGCUCCUGGACAGUUCAGCAGCCUGAGCUUUGGAGUUCUUUCUGAUUGGUCCGGCAACAAGCCUGAGAUUUUUAUUAACAGGCAUCCGUCAGACGGCACGGUGGCUUUCAUUUCCCUGCCGUCUGUCCUGCAGGACAACUUCCCACAAAACGGCCUGAACCAGAACCAACCUAGAAUCCAGUUUCAGUUCUACGCCAACCCACUGCUCUUUAAGUAUCAGGUGAAUGAGAAGGARCCUUUCCUCAGCACCUUUGUGGUGUCMGCCAGUGUGUCCAACGCCAGCUCACCAAUUAAAGACCUUCAUGAAGAAGUUAAAGUCAUGCUCCACCAUCUGCAGUCCAGCCCGCAUGAUAGACAAGUGCAGUGUGUGUACUGGAACUUCAAUAAAAACAACGGACACGGGGGCUGGGAUGAUCACGGCUGCCGAAAAUACAACAGCACCCCUGAUUACACCACGUGUCUCUGCGAUCAUCUCACACACUUUGGAGUUCUUCUGGACGUCUCCAGGACUCAGCUGGACCCGCUCCACGAACAGAUCCUGACCAUCAUCACGUAUGUUGGCUGCGGCGUCUCCUCCCUGUUCUUAGGAGUCACCGUUCUCACAUACAUGGCCUUUCAAAAGCUUCGUAGAGACUACCCCUCUCAGAUCCUCAUAAACCUCUCUUUGGCCCUGCUGGGAUUGAACCUGAUGUUUCUGGUCAACUCCUGGUUGUCCUCCUGGAGUGUUUACGGUCUCUGCGUGGCAGCAGCCUCCCUGCUGCACUACUUCCUCCUAGCAUCCUUCACCUGGAUGGGAUUAGAGGCUGUCAACAUGUACUUUGCCCUGGUUAAAGUCUUCAACGUUUAUGUUCCUUCGUAUAUCCUCAAGUUUUGUGCUCUGGGAUGGGGUAUUCCUCUGCUGAUCUGCAUCGUGGUUCUCAUUGUGAAUCGGGAUGCAUACGGGAGUUUCUCUGGGAACGCUGAGCUCACUUUCCAACCUUUGGACAACUCUGACAACUUCUGCUGGCUUCAGGAUAAUGUGACAUAUUAUGUGUCUGUGCUUGCCUACGCUGGGUUGAUCUUUCUCUUCAACAUCGGGGUCUUUGUGGUGGUUCUGAUUCAGAUCCGCCGCAUGCGGCUCAACAGCCCGGCUGGGACCCGGAGAGGGGUGCUGCAGGACCUGAAGGGAGCUGCCAGUCUCACCUUCUUACUCGGGCUAACAUGGACUGUAGGUUUCUUUACCUGGGCACCAGCAAGGGUAGUUCUGCUGUACCUGUUCGCCGGACUCAACACCCUGCAAGGACUUUUUGUCUUCCUGUUCCACUGUCUGAUGAAGGAGAACGUGAGAAAACAGUGGAGGAUUCAUCUUUGCUUUGGCCGAUUUCGACUUGAGGAGCACUCUGAGUGGAGCAAUUCAGCAUCAGUUCGAGUUCUUGCAAAGCCCAAAGAGAAGUUUUUAAGAGCAGCGAUUCCAUCUGUCCGUUCUGUCAAGUCCAACUCCACAGACAGUACCUCGGCCUCUUCCGACUCCAGCCAGAGAGACUCGCCCUGCAGGAGGCCAAACCUCGAUCUUUUUGUGCACAGCCUGGUUCUUCCUCGAGCCCAGACCGGAGCCCCAGAUACAGAAUCUCUGAACCCGACAUCUGGAUAAACGACCAGCCACAGCAAUAAAACAACCACCCAACGUGCUAACCUGCACACAUCCCAUCAUUUACUCGCAUCUCUCYGACAGAGGCAACAGAUUUAAGCAGUGCACACAGCAUCGGCUUCAUUAGCUAAUUUUUCCACACGGUUCUAUUGUUAGUUUUGUUUCCGCUAAAUAUUGUAAAAGAGCCUGUAAUUUUGAAGAGAGGAGCGGUUGCAUCAGUACCAAGGAGGAGUUGGUUGCCAAGCAACUGGUGAGUGGAGCGAUGGUGACAAUGAACUGUGAAACAUUUUGUGUAAAAGAAAAAUGAUAAUAAAAUCCAAAAUUUAAGGUGACAGGUUUGGCCCCUAUUUGUUCAUUGCUCAAUUUUUAAACGUUUUGAUCAUUUCUCAGUUACUUUAUGCACAAAAUUUGUCAGUGGAGAUUUUUAGGGCAGCUUUGUUCUUGUGUAAAAUCUGACACCUUUUGUUUGAUUAGCAUAUGGUGGUUUUCAGAUACUCAUUUUAAUGAUUCCCCCCUAUGAACGGUAUCUUAACCACUGUMUSUGCAA